AUGUUUGGAAUGCAAAGCUGAUAGAGGAAAAUCUGCGAAAAUCGGCGCAGGACCCCAUGCGCCGCGAAUUCGUUUGUUCAAGUUUUGAGCGUGCAAGCGCCCCGCGCCCAGCCAUAUACUUCUCUGGAUAGGAAUAGUCAAUAAGAAUGCCGCGCGGAUAAAGUCUUGAUUUGGCUCUUGAAAGCUGGCGACAGGCCGUCGUGAACCGUCGCAUAACCUUCCCCUCGGACUCGUCGUCUUGGCCCCUCGUUACGCUUCGCCGCUUGCUCGCAGUCGGACCGGCGCAAAUGCAGUACGCGAGCGCCUCGCCGGCGCACAUGCAGCAGCAACAUUCAAAUCACUCGCGUGAUGUGCUGUCGGCGGCCUACGAGAACGUCAUGGCGCAGCUUGUCGCGGCGUCGACGAUCGUCUCGGGGAUAGCAAGCAGCCUCGCCGGGCCCUCGGACGGCCAGACGGACAUGUCAGCCCGGCUCAGCGGCCGCGCCAGCCGCUGCACCGGCAGGAAGCGGAAGAUGUCGCCUUGCGUCUACGACUACAGCGAAACGCUGGGCUUCCACACCUCCCACAACACGCGCGCGGACACACCCACCCAGGAGCUGCUGCCCGCCUCCCGCUCCGAGCUGCGCACCACGCAGCUGCAGGCGGUGCGCUGGCUGGCCUCGCUGGAGCGCGCCGGCGCCAGCGGCGUACUGGCCGACGAGCUGGAGGCAGACCGCCGCGCCGAGGUGGCGGGGCUGCUCGCCCACCUGGCAGCCAACCCGCCGGACGCGGCAGUAGCAGCACACCCGCCCGCCGGCGCCUGCGGCGGCGGCGGUGGCGGUGGCGGCGGCUUCGCCGCCGCCACUGCCGCGGCGGCCGCGGCCCCGGUGAACGCGUGCCUGCUGCUGGUGCCGGGGGGCAGCCUGGGGGCGUGGCGGGAGGCGGUGUGCGGGGGCGUGGCGGACGUGGCGGUGUGUGUGCACGACGGCGCCGCGCCCGACGGCGGCGCCGCCGCGCUCAUGGCGGCGGCGGCCGCCAGCGUGCGGCAGGGCCGCGCAACUGCCGCUACUGCCGCUACUGCUGCUACUGCCGCAGCUGCUGCAGGAGGUGGGGCUGCAGCGGGAGCGGGGUACCGUGCGCAGGGUCUUGGGUUGGGGCAGCAGCAGCAGCAUGCGGCCGCGGCGUGUGCCGGCGGCGCCGCCGCCGCCGCCUCUGGCGGUCGGCGGUCCGCCUGCGGCGGUGCGUGCCCGCCGGCCGGCACCAGCGGAGCCGGCGGCAGCGGCGGCAGCAGCACCGCGGGCAUCUUCCCGCCCGCCGGUGCCGGUGCCGGCGGUGGCUUUCCGAUGCAGCCCCACGUGCACCACCACUACCACCAGCAGCAGCCUCUCAACCCGUACCAGCCGUUUCCAGGAGCAGGGGGCGGCGGCGCCGCCGCCGCCAAGCUCGCCUAUGCGCCGCCGCCGCCGCCUGCGCUGCUGGUGGUGCUAGCCCCUCUGGAGCACCUGCCGCGGGACGUGGCACUGCUGUCGCAACUGCCCGCUCGCCUCACCGUCAUCGACCUCGCGCCCUCUCCGUCAGCCGCCUCCAACUCCAACCCUAGCAUGCAGCAUCAACAGCACCACCAUCAACAACAGUACCAGCAGCAGCAAUACCAGCAGCAGCAGCAGCUGUUCCACCAUGUCAAGGGUGGAAGUGACGGCGCGGACGAGGAGUUCAGCUUCCGUCCGGGUCCGUUGGGCGGCGGGCCGGGCAGCGGCGGCAGCGGCGGCGGCGCAGCAGCAGGUGGUGGCGGCAGUAGCAGCGGCGGUGGCGGCAGUAGCAGUGGCAGCGGCAUGGACCUGGAGAGCUACAGCCACCUGCACCUGCUGACGCGGAUGCCGGCUGCUAGCCGUGUGCUGCUGUCAGCCGGCGAGCCCGAGCCAUCCUCGCUGGCGGGCGGCGCCAUCUGGCUGCUGCUGCAGCUUCUGGCGCCCAACACGCAGCAGCCGCUGUGGCGGGCGGUGGGCGAGCUGCAGACAGCGCUGCUGGCGGCAGGCUGCAGCGCCGCCGCCGCCGGAGGGGCGGGUGGCGGCGGCGGCGCUGGUGCUGGUGGUGGCGGCGGCGAUGGCCUGGGGCCCGUGUCCAAGGAGGAGGUGCUGGCGGACGUGCACUCGCGGCUGUGGGCGCUGCUGCGGCCGCUGGUGCUGUCGCGCCGGGCGCGGGACGUGGACCUAUGCUGCCGCCGCGCCGCCGCCACCAGCCUGAACCUGUUUGACCACUUCAGCUCCGUGCGCGGAGACAGCUAGGAGGCAGCUCGGAGGCUGCUAGGAGGAAGCUGGGUGGCAGCUAGGAGGCAGGUAGGCGCGCUGAGGCACACGCACACAUAUACCAGAGCCGCAUACAGCAUACAUCAGCAGGCAGCGCCGGGCUCCCGGGCUGCUGCGUGGCGGUUGGCUUGGCAGCGGUUGGUUGUUUGGCACGGCCCUGCCUCUGGCGGUUGGCUGGCUUGGUGGUUGGCGUGGCGGCGGUUGGAAUGGGCGGCGCCACACCGUGCGCGUGAUGAUGGCGUGUGCGCUUACUUGAGUGACCGGGGCCCACCUGGCGCAGCAGCACUCUGCAUUGAGUUACGAAGGGAUCAUGGGGUGCAUGGUGGGACGCGUUAACUAGCGUGUGUGUGAUUGAGUGCGUUGGAUUCAACGCACCCCGCCGCCCCGGCGCCCACAUCCAAAUGCUGUAUGUGUGCGCCCGGGCCAGUCGGAUGUGCGUGGAGUCAAAGAGGUAGUGAACAGUGAGGCAGGCUCCACAGAUGCCUUCCAUUUUUGCUCGUGUGCCUCGAGCUGCAUGCGGCGACUGAUGGCGUCUGAAGCAGCGACAUUCUUCAUGCCUAUGUAUGGGUGAAGCGGUGAUGCAGCACCGGCAAUGCUUAACCGCGCUCACGGACACGCAACUAGUGCCGGUGGGGUCGCCACAGGAGCUGCGGGCAUCACCCUUCCUUUCUAGAUUGGCGGCUUCAUCCCUUUUUGUAGAGACGCGCAUGCAUUGAUGGAGUGGGAACGAGGAACGACGCGAGUAGAGUAUAGAAAGGGUUACUGCACAAACCGCUGCUGGACUCACUACGGUGUUGCUGACUUCGGCGCUGGUGACCGCUUGGACCAGUCACUGAAUACACGCACGGGCGGCGCUGUGCCCCGGCGUGGCGUGGUGGUGGUGUGGGGUGUGUGGGGCGUCGGCGCCGCGACCGGACACCAACACUGGAGUAUGCAAAACGGACGGAGCUGCGGGGCACAUGCAUUCUUCCCCAACUCUUUGUGUGUAGCUUGAGUGUGCGUGCUUGUGCGUGUGUGUGUGCGCGUGUGUGUGAGGUGGUGCUGGCAAAUUUAACUUGGCUGCACCCGCCCCGGCACUCAGCACCGCAUUUGCAACAACGUCCAGACCACAUCCGCCCCAGGACUGCCAGCUGGCUGGGAGGUGUAUGUGGGGACACGUGACGCGCUGGAGGCAGGCAGGCAGGGGUGGGUGCGGGGUGUGCGCAUGACGGCGCAUGCGGCGAGCUGGGGAGGGGUGUACUGCUGUGGGCUGCGGCACUGCUGCAUGGCGUGUACCGUGUGGCGAAGCUGUGAGUACUGUACAGU